GUCAUAAUAAAAUACGGCAGACGAGGUGGCCUGAACAUCAGAAACGUAUUCCUCACAGUUCCGGAGGCUGGGGAGUCCACGAUCAAGGUGGUGCCAAUGAGGAUAGCUAACAGCCAGAAGAAAUAUAGUGGAAAAUGCAAAACAACGAAAUUAUAAAACCUGCCAAAUACUUCUCGGAGUUGGAAAAGAGCAUCCUACUUGCUUUGGUAGAAAAGUACAAAUAUGUGCUGGAAUGUAAGAAAAGUGAUGCGCGAACUAUUGCACUCAAGCAGCGUACCUGGCAGGCGCUUGCCCACGAAUACAACUCUCAGCCAAGCGUGUCACUGCGGGAUUUCAAACAGCUGAAGAAGUGCUGGGAGAACCUCAAGGCUCGGACCAAAAAGAUUAUGGCCCAUGAGAGGAGAGAGAAUGUGAAACGGAGCGUCAGCCCUCUCCUGAGCACGCACGUCCUGGGGAAGGAGAAGAUCGCCAGCAUGCUGCCGGAGCAGCUCUACUUCCUGGAGAGCCCUCCAGAAGAGGAGCCCGAGUACCACCCGGACAACGCAGCCCAAGAAUCAUUUGCUGUUUCAAAUAGAGAACUGUGCGAUGAUGAGAAAGAGUUCAUACAUUUUCCAGUGUGUGAAGAGACCUCUCAACCUGAACCCUCAUGUUCAGCUGUCAGAAUCACAGCCAAUAAACACUACAGGAGCAAAACCUCUCAGGAACGUGCUUUAAAAAAGAUGCAUGAGGAAGAACACCAUCAACAAAUGUCCGUCUUACAGCUGCAGCUGAUACAAAUGAACGAGGUGCAUGUGGCCAAAAUCCAGCAGAUAGAGCGGGAGUGUGAGAUGGCAGAGGAGGAGCACAGGAUAAAAAUGGAAGUUCUCAAUAAAAAGAAGAUGUAUUGGGAAAGAAAGCUACAAACUUUUACCAAGGAGUGGCCUGUCUCCUCAUUUAACCAGCCCUUUCCCAAUUCACCCUAAGACUGCGGGGGUCGGAUCCCUUGUAACCAGCCCAUGUGGGCAAAGAAAGCCUGGAACGUGAACUUGCGGUCAGGAACUUGUAACAGAGCUACAACUAGGAAACUUAGAGCGGUAGUAGUCGCGUAUUUAAGAGUACAUUCAGGUAAACAGCCAGCCGCACCCUGUGUACCCCUUCAGUGGCAAAGAAGCUGUUCCAGUCUCCUGAAGAUGAUCACUACGAGUGCUAUAAUUCUGAAUGUAAUGUCUCUUAAUUAGAAUUCAUACAAGAACCAUGUGCGAGUGUUGUUGUUGUAUUUUUUUAAAUCAGAUCGCAAGUGUGACUAUAAAGAAGUGUGGCUGAUUUUUUUUUUUUUUAAAUAGACAGCAGAACUUUUCUAUCCAAAUGAACGCGCUCCUAUUGAAAGCAGCACAAAGACCCAGGAGGCCACACAUUGUUUUUGCAGUGGUGGUGCUGUUGCUCAGAACUUGAGGGAAGUCGUUAGGGAACCUCCCUGAGAGCCGCACACAACACCUCUCUCAUUGUUUUUUUGUUUUGUUUUGUUUUGUUUUCUUAUCAGUGUCGUUUUUUGUUUUUUGAGUGGCUUUUCUGAUUUUAAACAGUCCAGCAUUUGGAAGGAUAUUUUCUAAUGUGGCUCAUAAACUGCCU